AUGCGCGCCGGAUAUCAGGAAAAGGUUGCUGCCAAUCCGUCUCACACUUCUAAUUCAAUUCCUUCCUCUCACAAGAAACGACCUCCACGUCGUCGAAGGAUCUACACUGACGAUUCCGAUAUCUUUGUUUGUGCUUUGCACGCAGGCUGGAUAUCGUGGUCUAGCGCAAAGAAGGCUAGGGAAGAAGGGAAGGAUUUGAAAGUGCGCCUGAGGAUCAUUCGGUGUUUG